AUGGUAGAUUGGAAUACAGGACCUAAAGGGGACCCAGGAUCUCUAACAUUGGAUAUCCUCAAACAAAUGCUGGGACAAAUUGGAGCUCAGAAAGGGGUGCCACCUACAGGGCUACCAGCCAAUACCAGCCAUGGUGGGGCAGUUUAUAUUCGUUGGGGCAGAACAACGUGUUCAACACAUUCCAAACUGUUGUACAAAGGAAUAGCUUCUGGAACUGAUUAUCUCAAAACUGGAGGAGGCAGUAAUUACCUGUGUUUGCCACAGACACCAGAGUGGGGGAAAUACCAAGAUGGAGGGCAAGGUACUGGUUCUUACAUACAUGGUGUGGAAUACCAGAUUAUCAACCCUAACAUAUUUUCAACAACCCAUACAGGAGGUCAGGAAUUUGUUCAGCAUGAUGCCCCCUGUGCUGUAUGCUACACCCAAACAUGCCCCAGUCAUGUGAUGAUACCAGCCAAGAAGACAUGUCCAGCUGGGUGGACAACAGAGUACAAUGGAUACCUGGUAUCAACUCAUGAUAAUUACCAGAGAACAGAAUUUGUCUGCCUUGAUGAAGCUCCAGAAGUGGUAGCUGGUGGCCAUGAGAACAAAAACGGUGCCUUGUUUUACACUGCUGAGGCGAAGUGUGGUUCUCUUCCCUGUCCAACAUAUGUGGAUGGAAGAGAACUGCCCUGUGUUGUCUGUACUAAAUAG